AUGGGCAUCCAUGCCUGGCAGCAGUUUCAGCGGCGGCAGCUGCAGCGGCCGCCAUUCCUCUCCACCGGCGGCGAGGGCUACUCUGGUAUGGAGCUCGUCGGCGACGGCGGCGGCGUAUGCCUCCCCCUUGAUAUGCAGCGGCGGAUAGGGCAGAUGAAGACGGCGGCGAGCUUUCCUUCUCCCACCGAGCUCCUGAACAUCCCGGUGGACGAUCAGAGCCGAGAUUUCGAUCAGCUCCUCCGUUUACAGGUAAACCACCGAUUAGAAGCCCUCAGGAUUUCCGACGAUCCGACGGGUUCUCUUUCUUCUUCUCCGGCAGGGACAGGAGCUUUCAGCGGCCCUCCGGCAGCAGCAGAAACGCCACAUCCAGUCCAUGGUGAGGCUGCUCGAGUCGCGGGCUUCCGCCCUGCUGAGACUCAAAGAGGAGGAGCUCACGAGGGCCGGCGAGGCCACGGCGGCUCUGGAGGAGCGCCUCCGGCAGUCGGAGGCGGAGAACUGGGCAUGGCAGUGUCUUGCGAGGGAGGCGGAGGCCAUGGCCCAGACCUUGACGGAGGCCCUCCGCCAGAUCAGAGACAGCCAAAUCGCCGCCGCCUCCCGCUGCGAAGGCUCCUUCUCCGACGGGUCCGCCGGCGGCGGGGGAGGAGACCCGGAAGGAGAAGAAGAAGAACAAGCACGAUGGCGGCGCGAGGCGGCGGCGAUCCGGCGAUGCAGAGGAUGCGGGUCUGAGGAUCUGCAAGUCCUGUUCCUCCCAUGCAUGCACCUCUCCACCUGCAACCUCUGCGGCCCCCUCCUCCUCGCCUGCCCCGUCUGUAAAUCUGUCAAGCAGGACACUAUCGAGGUCUUCCUGCCAUAA